CACUUCCUGAGGAGAAUGAAGCAGGAGGAGCUGGCUGACCGUCUGCAGAGCGGUAAGAGGAUUUACAUAAAUAAACUCAAGUCUAACCUGAAGAAGAGGUUCCAGUGUGUGUUUGAGGGGAUUGCUAAAGCAGGAAACCCAACCCUUCUGAAUCAGAUCUACACAGAGCUCUACAUCACAGAGGGAGGGACUGCAGAGGUCAAUGAUGAACAUGAGGUCAGACAGAUUGAAACAGCAUCCAGGAAACCAGACAGACCAGAAACAACAAUCAGACAAGAAGACAUCUUUAAAGCCUCACCUGGAAAAGAUGAACCAAUCAGAACAGUGAUGACAAAGGGAGUGGCCGGCAUUGGGAAAACAGUCUUAACACAGAAGUUCACUCUGGACUGGGCUGAAGACAAAGCCAACCAGGACACACAGUUCACAUUUCCAUUCACUUUCAGAGAGCUGAAUGUGCUGAAAGAGAAAAAGUACAGCUUGGUGGAACUUGUUCAUCACUUCUUUACUGAAACCAAAGAAGCAGGAAUCUGCAGGUUUGAAGAGUUCCAGGUUGUGUUCAUCUUUGACGGUCUGGAUGAGUGUCGACUUCCUCUGGACUUCCACAACAAUAAGAUCCUGACUGAUGUUACAGAGUCCACCUCAGUGGAUUUGCUGCUGACAAACCUCAUCAGGGGGAAACUGCUUCCCUCUGCUCGCCUCUGGAUAACCACACGACCUGCAGCAGCCAAUCAGAUCCCUCCUGAGUGUGUCAGCAUGGUGACAGAGGUCAGAGGGUUCACUGACCCACAGAAGGAGGAGUACUUCAGGAAGAGAUUCAGAGAUGAGAAGCAGGCCAGCACAAUCAUCUCCCACAUCAAGACAUCAAGAAGCAUCCACAUCAUGUGCCACAUGCCAGUCUUCUGCUGGAUCACUGCUACAGUUCUGGAGGAUGUGUUGAAAAGCAUAAAGAGAAGACAGCUGCCCAAGACCCUGACUGAGAUGUACAUCCACUUCCUGGUGGUUCAGUCCAAACUGAAGAACUUCAAGUAUGAUGGGGGAGCUGAGACAGAUCCACACUGGAAUGCAGAGAGCAGGAAGAUGAUUGUGUCUCUGGGAAAACUGGCUUUUGAGCAGCUGCAGAAAGGCAACCUGAUCUUCUAUGAAUCAGACCUGACAGAGUGUGGCAUCAAUAUCAGAGCAGCCUCAGUGUACUCAGGAGUGUUCACACAGAUCUUUAAAGAGGAGAGAGGGCUGUACCAGGACAAGGUGUUCUGCUUCGUCCAUCUGAGUGUUCAGGAGUUUCUGGCUGCUCUUCAUGUCCAUCUGACAAUCAUCAACUCUGGAGUCAAUCUGCUGGCAGAGGAACAAACAACAUCCCAGAAGUCUGAAACAAGAGAAGACAAAUCUGCAGAGAAACAUCUCUACCAGAGUGCUGUGGACGAGGCCUUAAAGAGUCCAAAUGGACACCUGGACUUGUUCCUCCGCUUCCUCCUGGGUCUUUCACUGCAGACCAAUCAGACUCUCCUACGAGGUCUUCUGACACAGAGAGGAAGUAGCUCACAGACCAAUCAGGAAACAGUUGAGUACAUCAAGAAAAAGAUCAGUGAGAACCUGUCUGCUGAGAGAAGCAUCAAUCUGUUCCACUGUCUGAAUGAACUGAAUGAUUGUUCUCUGGUGGAGGAGAUCCAACGGUACCUGAGAUCAGGAAGCCUCUCCACAGAUAAACUGUCUCCUGCUCAGUGGUCAGCUCUUGCCUUCACCUUACUGUCAUCAGAAAAAGAUCUGAACAUGUUUGACCUGAAGAAAUACUCUGCUUCAGAGGAGGUUCUUCUGAGGCUGCUGCCAGUGGUCAAAGCCUCCAACAAAGCUCUACUGAAUGGCUGUAACCUCUCAGAGAGAAGCUGUGCAGCCCUGUCCUCAGUUCUCAGCUCCCAGUCCUCUAGUCUGAGAGAGCUUGACAUGAGUAACAACGACCUGCAGCAAUUAGGACUGAAACUGCUGACUGUUGGACUGGAGAGUCCACACUGUACACUGAAAACUCUCAGACUGUCAGGAUGUCUGAUCACAGAGGAAGGCUGUGCUUCUCUGGCCUCAGCUCUGAGCUCCAACCCCUCCCAUCUGAGAGAGCUUGACCUGAGCUACAAUCAUCCAGGAGCCUCAGGAGAGAAGCUACUGUCUGCUGGACUGAAGGAUCCACACUGGAGACUGGACACUCUCAGGCUGCAGCCUGCUGGAGUCCGAUGGUUGACACCAGGUCUGAGGAAGUAUUUCUGUCAACUCACACUGGAUCCAAACACAGGAAACAGAAUCCUCAAACUGUCUGACAACAACAGGAAGGUGACACGUGUGAAGGAGGUUCAGUCAUAUCCUGAUCAUCCAGACAGAUUUGAUGUCUGUCAGCUGCUGUGUAGAAAUGAUCUGACUGGUCGCUGUUACUGGGAGGUCGAGUGGAGAGGAGACGUUGAUAUAUCAGUGAGUUACAGAGGAAUCAGCAGGAAAGGAAACAGUGUUGACUGUUUGUUUGGAGGGAAUGAUCAGUCCUGGAGUCUGAACUGCUCUGAUGAUCGUUACUCUGUCUGUCACAAUAACAGACAAACAUCCAUCUCCUCCUCCUCCUCCUCCUCCUCCUCCUCUGUCUCUAACAGAGUAGCAGUGUAUGUGGACUGUCCUGCUGGCACUCUGUCCUUCUACAGAGUCUCCUCUGACACACCGACCCACCUCCACACCUUCAACACCACAUUCACUCAGCCUCUGUAUGCUGGGUUUGGGGUCGGGUUUGGUUCCUCAGUGUCUCUGUGUGGUCUGUAGGAGGAAGAGUCUCCUCCUGUUAGAGAAACUUUCUCACUGCUGACCAGAUAGUUCAGUCUGUACAGGAUCACACACAGCUGAUGGUAUUUAGUACCAACAUGAUCUCUCACUGCUUGUAAAUGUAAACAUGGUUUCCACAUGAUUGACAGUUUGUUUGUAAAAUGAAUCAAAUGAUAAACUGAGUCCAGUUGUUGUUGUUUUCUGUUGUUAGUGUGUUAGAAAGGCUUGAACUGUAAUGGGAUAAUGGGAAUGGGAUCUUCACAAUGUUUAGUUGUAGUUCUUCUAGUAGUUUCAUAGUAACUGUGUUACCUGAUUCCUUCACUUAUUUAGAGAUCACAUGACAAAUGAUGGUCAGAACAACAGGCCUCCUAUUGGCUGGUUAAAUGAACACCUCUAAUGGUGAAGGCUGAGGCUCAGCAGCUGGAGUGUGGCUGCUUUUAUGCUGCGUUCAUAUCAUAUUGGAAUUAUGCUAAUUAUGAGAUUCUGACUUGUAAAUAGAAUUCAGGUCAACAUUCAAGUGGUAAUUAUGAAGUGGAAAAGCUGAAAGCUCUGAUAUUUACUGGAUAUGCUGGAUUAUUGUCAAUAACAGUAUUUUUGAGCCUCAUUCCCCCAACUUUGUAAUCGUGCAGCCGUCUUGAUUUGUUGUGUGACAUGAACGCUGGCGAGUUGUAAACAUGGGAAUCUUUCCCGCCUCUCAGCAGUCGUAGUGAAGCGUCCAGCUGGACAGAAACACGACUCCACAUGAAUCAUAAUGUAUAAUUGAAUAACUUGUAAGCUGCUGGUUUGUUAUGAAACAGCUGCUGCAGGUUGAAGAAACGUGUUUCCUGCUGUAAUAAAGACUCGGAGUCCUGCAUCUCUGCAGUUUGUGUUGUGAUACUUGCAGCUCCACGUUGUUGUGGAGGAAUAUUGUGAUUAUUAUGUAAUAAUGUGUAAUAUGUUACGGCCCGGUUAUUAAAGUGAAGAGAAAACGUUUAGUAAGUGUGAAACAUGAAAUUCAAACUUUAAACACAUCUGGAGACUCAGACUUUAUUGGUCUGAAGCAGCUGAACUUUCUCUCUGCCCAGGAAAUAAUCAAAGGAAUUCAAAUAUUUGAGUCAACAAGACAAAACUGAAUCUGUCCAACAGUCGUACAGAAGCUCAGAAAUAUUAACUGCUUUUCCAAACCACUGUCAAGGAAAAUUAAACUUUGAUCUGUCUUAAAACCCAAAACAGCCCCAAAAUAAACAAGAAAAGCAACAAUAUGUUUGUAUUUAUAAAAAUUCAUUUGUUUUAAAUACUUCAUAUAUUU